UGCAAGUGGAUAAUUAUUAUUAUGAAUUAAUAUUUUAAGUGGCGUAAAUGAAUGUUAAUUGGGCUUACAUACAAAAUAAGGACUUGGGCCGGAUAUUCUUUACAGUCUAGGUGUAGCGAGUUCGUCGGGACUUCCGACGUUUUCCGUGUCCGACUCGCUCUCGCCUCUCAUCAACCGACUCAAACGCGGCAUCCCAGAAUCUAUAAAUUAGAACGCAGUCUCGAGUUUCUUGCCCACUGUUUCUCGUCAUCGCAAUUCGCACUUUCCCUGCUCGUAAUUGAGAACCGAAAAGCCUGAUCGCAUUCGAAGCUCCCUUUCAAGAUCCGAAAGCCUGUUCUCGUUCCAAGCUCUUUCUCAAGGUAAAUCUAGGGUUUCCACUCGCAUCUUUAUCUCGUCAAAACUGUUCGAUCUUCCUCCUUUGAUCUCUUCGUCGAAUCUUCAGUUAUUAUGCUUGCCAAUCGUUCGGAGUUUGUACGUACGAUCGGACUUUCUUUGCGAUACUGCCUAGCGAGUUCUGUCGUGAUUCUGAAUUCGAUUCAUUGGAUUUCUCUAUAGCGUGAUUGAUCGUAUAGUUUUGAGUAUUCACGUAUGAUCCUGAUUCUUGAAUCUGAUAUAGCUUAGGGGUUUUCCUCGAGAUGUUGUAGAAUUAACAGAUAGGUUAGCUAAUCCAUCGUGCUAGAUGUGCUUUCCUCGCUUUUAUGAAGAAUCGAACAACUUCGUUUGUCUUGACUGUGAUUUGUGUAUAGGGUUUUCUUUUGUGAUGCUGUGUAUAGUUCUGCUAUUGAGUUCAUCCAUUCGGUUGAUUAGGGCAUCUUCCUGCCUCUCAAGUUUAAUGCUAGAAUUGGCUGCUUCAAAGUUUGUUUAGGCUUCUUCUUUUGUUCAUGCAAUGCAUUGCCUUCUGGAAUUGAAAAAAUUUAGUUUACAUGUGUCCUGAUGGCUCUUUGCUAGUUAAUCCGAACAUGGUUAUGGUCUCGUUUUAGUUCAGAAUGUUCAGGUCUCUUCCAUACACUUAGAAGAGGCUUUUUGAGUUGGGUAGUGAUUUCAAUAGCUUUGUUGGAUUAGUCUCUGGUUAAUUUCAUUGUUUCUGAUCGUUUUUUUUUUCUUCCUAAUUGUUCAGAUGCAAAUCUUUGUGAAGACUCUCACUGGAAAGACAAUCACCCUUGAGGUGGAAAGUUCUGACACUAUCGAUAAUGUGAAAGCUAAGAUUCAGGAUAAGGAAGGCAUCCCUCCUGAUCAACAAAGGUUGAUCUUUGCUGGUAAACAGCUUGAUGAUGGCCGUACUCUUGCUGACUAUAACAUCCAGAAGGAGUCCACUUUGCACCUGGUGCUACGACUUAGGGGUGGAAUGCAGAUCUUUGUGAAGACUCUCACUGGAAAGACAAUUACCUUGGAGGUCGAGAGCUCAGACACCAUAGAUAAUGUGAAGGCAAAAAUCCAGGAUAAGGAAGGUAUUCCUCCUGAUCAACAGAGAUUGAUUUUUGCUGGCAAGCAGCUUGAGGAUGGCCGCACCCUGGCUGACUAUAACAUCCAGAAAGAAUCCACCCUUCACUUGGUCCUCCGACUCAGGGGUGGGAUGCAGAUUUUUGUUAAGACUCUCACUGGCAAGACCAUCACACUGGAGGUUGAGAGUUCUGACACUAUCGAUAAUGUGAAGGCGAAGAUUCAAGACAAGGAGGGUAUCCCUCCUGACCAGCAGAGGCUGAUCUUUGCUGGAAAACAGCUUGAGGAUGGUCGCACCCUGGCGGAUUACAAUAUCCAAAAGGAAUCCACCCUUCACUUGGUCCUCCGUCUCAGGGGUGGGAUGCAGAUCUUUGUUAAGACCCUCACUGGCAAGACCAUCACACUGGAGGUUGAGAGCUCUGACACUAUCGAUAAUGUGAAGGCAAAGAUUCAAGACAAGGAGGGUAUCCCUCCUGACCAGCAGAGGCUGAUCUUUGCUGGAAAACAGCUUGAGGAUGGUCGCACCCUGGCGGAUUACAAUAUCCAAAAGGAAUCCAGCCUUCACUUGGUCCUCCGUCUCAGGGGUGGGAUGCAGAUCUUUGUUAAGACCCUCACUGGAAAGACAAUCACAUUGGAAGUCGAGAGCUCAGACACGAUUGACAAUGUGAAGACGAAGAUUCAAGACAAGGAGGGGAUCCCACCUGAUCAACAGCGGCUUAUCUUUGCUGGGAAGCAGCUUGAGGAUGGAAGGACCCUUGCUGACUAUAAUAUUCAGAAGGAAUCCACCCUGCAUUUGGUCCUUCGUCUUCGUGGUGGUAUGCAGAUCUUUGUUAAGACCCUUACCGGGAAGACCAUCACCUUGGAAGUGGAGAGCUCCGAUACCAUCGACAACGUGAAAGCCAAGAUCCAGGAUAAGGAGGGGAUCCCACCAGAUCAACAGCGGCUAAUCUUUGCUGGGAAGCAGCUCGAGGACGGAAGAACCCUUGCUGACUACAACAUUCAGAAGGAGUCCACCCUCCACCUUGUCCUUCGUCUUCGUGGUGGCAUGCAGAUCUUUGUUAAGACCCUCACUGGGAAGACCAUCACAUUGGAAGUUGAGAGCUCUGAUACCAUCGACAAUGUGAAAGCCAAGAUCCAGGAUAAGGAGGGCAUCCCACCGGACCAGCAGAGGUUGAUAUUCGCAGGGAAGCAGCUCGAAGAUGGGCGGACAUUGGCCGAUUACAACAUUCAGAAAGAGUCCACUCUGCACCUUGUCCUCCGCCUCCGCGGUGGCUUCUGAGGGAAAGCAGAAGGCACAGCUUGCUCGUGAUGGACGGAUGGCGCACCCUCUUCUGAUAUGAUGAUAAUGCUGUCAUUGCAAUAACUCUGAUCGUUCCUUGGGCAUUAUUUUGUUUGAGAACAGCUUUAUAUUUGUGGUUUGUUGGAACUUAUCCUCGUCUGUUUUUGGUACUGUCUUCUGGUUUUCGAUGAACAAUGUUUGGUCGGGUCUGAUUAGGCUUUUUGAGUAAUAAGAUUGUAAUGGCUUUUGCUCGAAACAGGGGGAAAGAAAGAAAGAGUUGAUUUCUGUGUUUGUCUAUGCUUAAACGGCUUUGAUUGUCUAGUUUACGUACCUAUAACGUGUCAGAGUGGACACAGUUAUUAGUCACUUACUAGUUGGCUCAUUGCAAUAUCAAAAAGCAGAGUCCCACUUUGUAGCCUACUAAAUAAGUCUACUAAGUCCACUGCAGCAAGUGGCUGCGAGCUUUAAUGGCGAGGAAGAAAAAUCCUUUCAAGUCCCAACCACACAAAUAUAUCCACCGAGUCCACGGCCACAGUCACAAGUCUUCCCCAACUCCAACAAAUGCCCAUUCUUCCACGCGGAGAAUUAAAUUCUGGAAAUGGAGUCUUCUUCUCUAAGAACCCAAAAAAAGGGGCAAAGUAGGA